CGCUUUCAUUUAAAGUAUAUUAAUAAAUUUAGGGACAGUGUUAAAAGUUUCCAGCUGGGAAAUAUGACCUGGCCAGUUCAUAUACAUAUUCGUAUAUGGGAAUAAUCAUUCAAGCAAGCAGACUCUGCAACCACUUUGAAGGCAUAUAAUUGAAAAACUGCUACACAAUGGGGUGCUUAAGUAGUAAAGAUCGUCUAACAAAAGAAGAUAUGGAGUUUUUGAAAACCCACACCCGUUAUGAUGAAGCCACUAUUAAAGAAUGGUACAAAGGAUUUAAGCAAGACUGCCCCAAUGGACGGUUGACUCCUGCUAAAUUUGUUGACAUGUACAAGAUGUUUUUCCCGUCUGGAAAUGCGGAAGAGUUUUGUGACCACGUUUUCCGUACAUUCGAUAUGGAUAAAAAUGGCUAUAUCGACUUUAAGGAAUUUUUACUCGCAAUAGACGUAACUUCAAGCGGCACACCAGAAGAAAAACUAAAAUGGGCCUUUAGAAUGUAUGAUGUGGAUGGAAAUGGCGUCAUUGAUAUUCAAGAAAUGACAAAAAUUGUUCAGGCAAUCUAUGAUAUGCUCGGUGCAUGCUCAUCAAAUCGUCCCGCUGACUCUGCAGAGGAGCGUGCAAAAAAUAUAUUUGCUAAAAUGGAUGAAAAUAACGAUGGUCAAUUAACUCAAGAUGAAUUUUUGAAAGGAUGUUUGCAGGAUGAAGAGUUGUCUAAAAUGCUGGCCCCUUAAAUAUUUAUACUCCAUAAUAUGUGUGUAUUUGAUGAAAUCAGUAAUGAAAUGUAUAAAUAUUUAAUUUAUAUUUCUUAUACUAAAAUUAUAUAAAAAUAUGGAACAUCAUUUAAUUUGGUGUAGAUAAUGUGUUUGCAUUUCCUUCAACUUUUAUAUUUACAGGGAAUUAAGAUCGCAAUGUUUUGCAUAAAACAUUUAAACCUUUUCAGUGAUUUACUUUUAAUUGUAAAUUGCAAUUAAAUUGAAUUAAAUCCUGGCUUUCUACAUUCGUAACGUGUUUGUUGAAGCAAUAAAACAGACUUUAGUAUAGAAAUAUUUGGGAACUUAUGAAAUUCUUUAUACUUUCUGAAGUAUAGGAAAUAUAUGCAAUAAGCAAAUGGAUACAAUUGGAUAUACAUAAAUAUUUGUGUUUAUUUUACCUCUGGGUCUUGGCAAAUAUUUGCGAUUUUUACAGAAUCCCAAAAUAGGUAAGAAUAUAAUUUUGCCAUUUCUUCUUGGGUCUAAAGCAAUCGACACUGAUGAUGUAUUGUAUUUGUAUUUACUGUAGCACAUCUAAUAUUAUAAUACCCUUUUUAAUUAAACAAAAAUGUUUCUUUUGGUUUCAGAAAAUGUAUGUCGAAAUAGGCUGCAAAAUUCAGCUGCCAUAGGAACUUUUCAUCAGAAUCUCGCAGCUCUCGAACACCCUAACGUAAUUUAUAGUAUGUUAUG